UAAUUUGACGCGGACUUUUUUUUAGCAAAGGACGCCAAGAACUGCGUAUUGUUUUGGUAAAAAUGUACGUGAAGAGGCUCGUGCUCGAUGGCUUCAAGUCCUACGGCCGGCGCACUGAAAUUGAAGGCUUUGAUCCGGAGUUCACGGCCAUCACGGGAUUAAACGGCUCCGGAAAGUCAAACAUAUUGGAUAGCAUCUGCUUCGUGCUGGGCAUCAGCAAUCUGCAGAAUGUGCGAGCUUCUGCUCUCCAAGACUUGGUGUACAAGAAUGGACAGGCGGGCAUCACCAAGGCCACAGUGACCAUUGUUUUCGACAACACCAAUGCCGCCCAGUGUCCGCAAGGCUACGAGAAGUGUCGGGAAAUCUCAGUGACCCGACAGGUGGCCGUCGGUGGCAAGAACAAGUUUCUGAUUAACGGUAAACUGGUGCAGAACAAGAAGGUGCAGGACUUCUUCUGCUCCAUCCAGCUCAACGUGAACAAUCCAAAUUUCCUUAUAAUGCAGGGCAAGAUCCAGCAAGUGCUUAACAUGAAGCCCAAGGAGGUUCUCUCCAUGGUGGAAGAGGCAGCGGGCACCAGUCAGUAUAAAUCAAAGCGAGACGCCACCAAGACACUUAUAGAAAAGAAAGAGACCAAGGUGAGGGAAACGAAGGUCCUUCUCGAUGAAGAGGUGCUGCCAAAGCUGGUGAAACUUCGUCAGGAGCGCUCCGCGUACCAGGAGUAUCAGAAGAUCUGUCGCGACAUUGACUUUCUCGUCAGGAUUCACAUCUCGGCAAAGUAUCGCAAGCAAAGCGAGACCUUGAAGUCAGUGGAAGCCAAUGAGCAGAAUAUCGAGGAUCGCAUUAAAAAGGAUCAGGCCACGCAUGCCAAGAACAUAGAGGAUAUCGAGGAGAUUGACAACACCGUACAGAUCAUGCAGAAGCAGAUCGACGAUGAGAUGGGUGGCUCCCUCAACGAACUGGAGGCCCAGCUAAAGGCCAAGCGGGCCAUAGAGGCCACCGCAUCGGGCAGCUUGAAGGCCGCACAAGGAACCAUACAGCAGGACGAGAAAAAGAUCAAAAUGGCUGCUAAAAAUAUAGAAGAUGAUACGCGGGCGCUGGCAAAGAAGAAAGAAGACAUGGCAAAGGUUCAGGGCGAGUUUGAGAGCCUUAAGGAAGCAGAUGCUACGGAUUCUAAGGCGUAUGAGGAUGCUCAACGCAAGCUGGAGGCGGUGUCCCAGGGUCUGUCCACCAACGAAGAUGGUCAGGCCACCACACUGCAAGAUCAGUUAAUAGUGGCAAAGGAGCAGUUCAGCGAAGCACAAACCACGAUUAAAACCUCAGAGAUGGAACUUCGUCACACACGCGGCGUGUUGAAGCAACGGGAAGGCGAGACGCAGACUAACGACGCAGCUUACACAAAGGAUAAAGGCCUUCACGAUCAGUUGGUGGCGGAAAUAAAGAACUUGGAGCGCCAGCUGCAAGGCAUUAACUACGAAGGGGGCCAGUUCGAGCAGCUCCGGGAGCGAAGAAACGAGCUGCACAACCGCAAACGUGAGCUCAAGCGACAAUUGGACCGCUGCAAUGCCGCUCGAUAUGAUCUCCAGUACCAGGACCCGGAGCCCAGCUUUGAUCGGCGUAAAGUUCGCGGUAUGGUAGGCAAGUUAUUCCAGGUGAAUGACAUGCAAAACUCCAUGGCCUUAGUGACAACUGCAGGCGGAAACUUAUAUAGCUAUGUAACGGACGAUGAUGUGACCUGUAAAAAGAUUCUCCAGAGGGGACAGCUGCAGCGCCGCGUCACCUUUAUACCCAUCAACAAGAUCCAGUCUGGAUCGCUCCAGAGACAGGUCGUAGACUAUGCCCAGAACAAGGUGGGCGCGGAGAACGUGCAGUGGGCCAUGUCGCUGGUAAACUACGACCGAUACUACGAGCCCGUAAUUAGGUAUCUCUUUGGGUCAACCCUAAUAUGCAGAGAUCUGGAUAUAGCUAAGGAGAUCAGCUACGAUCCGCGCAUCAACUGUCGUUCGGUGACUUUGGAGGGUGAUGUGGUGGAUCCCCAUGGCACUGUGUCCGGCGGCGCUCCUCCCAAGGGAGCUAACGUUCUAGAGGAGUUGUACUCGAUCAGAAAACUGGAAAAGGAAUACCGAGAGAUCGAUGCUGAGAUCGCGGCAGUGGAACAGCAAAUGGCAUCCAUUGAGAACGUGGCCCACUCGUUCAACAAGAUGAAAGAGAACCUAGAGCUGCGUCAGCACGAGCUUACCAUGUGCCAGAAUAGGUUGGCCCAAACCACCUUCCAGCAGAACCAAGCCGAAAUAGAAGAAAUGCGGGAGAGGGUCAAAACGCUCGAACAGCAAAACGUAGAUGCGCGUGAAAAGCAGAAGAGCUCGCAGGCCAAAAUCAAGGACAUCGAGGCCAAGCUGGCUGAUGCCAAGGGCUAUCGAGAACGCGAACUCAAGGCAGCCACCAACGAGGUGAAGGCGUCUAAGCAACGGGCGGAGAAGUCACGUGCCAACUGGAAGAAGCGCGAGCAGGAAUACGAAACCCUGCAACUGGAGAUCACAGAGCUGCAGAAGACAAUUGAAACGGCCAAGCAGCAGCACCAGGAAAUGGUAGAUAAUCUGGAGAAAUUCAAGGCCGAGCUGGUCGCACUAAAGGAAAAUAGCUCCAGCGCAGCGUCCGAAGUUACAGAGCUGGAGCGAGCCAUCAAGGAUCAGAAGGACAAACUUAACGCCCAGAACAAAGAAAUGCACAAUCUGAUGGUGAAGAAGGACAGAAUGCUGAAGCAAAACCAGGAAAUCGAGCUAGAGGUUAAGAAGAAGGAGAACGAGAAGAAGAAGAUCAGCUCGGCGGCUCAGCAGGCCAAGAACCAGAUGGAGGAAUUGGAAGUCAAGUAUCCUUGGAUACCAGAGGAGAAAAAUUUCUUUGGCAUGACGAAUACUCGCUACGAUUAUAAGAGGCAGGAUCCCGUAGAGGCGGGCAACAAGCUAACCAAACUGAUGGAGAGCAAGAGUAAGAUGGAGCGCAACCUAAACAUGAAUGCCAUCAUGGUGCUGGACCGCGAGGAGGAGAACUUCAAGGAAACCGAGCGCCGGCGAUCUAUUGUGGCAAUGGACAAGGAGAAGAUCAAGAAGAUCAUCGUCAAAAUGGACGAAGAGGAGCAGGCCCAGCUGAACCGAGCUGCCGAAGAGGUGAACAAGAACUUCAGCGGCAUCUUCAGUUCCCUUCUGCCGGGUGCCGAUGCGAAGCUCAAUCCUGUUAUGACCACGGGCUGUCUCACCGGCCUGGAGAUUAAAGUGGGUUUCAACGGCAAGUGGAAGGAGAGUCUUGGUGAGUUGUCAGGAGGACAGAAAUCACUGGUGGCUCUCUCACUUGUUCUGGCCAUGCUCAAGUUCUCACCGGCUCCCUUGUACAUCCUGGACGAGGUGGACGCCGCGCUGGACAUGUCGCACACGCAGAAUAUCGGCAGCAUGUUGAAGCAGCACUUCACCAGCUCCCAGUUCUUGAUCGUGUCCCUCAAGGACGGCCUCUUUAACCAUGCCAAUGUCUUGUUCCGGACACUGUUUGAGGAGGGUGUGUCCACCAUUACCAGGCAGGUCAGCCGUCAGGCUACGACCAGUCGGCGCUGAUUUUUACAGUUUUGCUUCAGAAUUAUAAUCUCAUUGUAUUUUCAACCAAGUUUCACGCAUUUAUGUUUUGGAUAUUAGUAUUAACACAAAAUGUAUAAAUCUCUUCUUAUAAAUAAAUUAAGAA